GAGGGAAUGGAUGGCGGGGAACAAGAGCUUCCACCUGCUGAGGGACCAUCCGUACCAUGGAAUUCCCAUCAUGGGAGGGCUGUGGGGCGCCCGCUGGGACCUCGAGACGCGUAACGUGUCAGAAUUCAGGAAUGAGCUUGCUACAAUUAGAAGCACACUGAUAGAAGAAGCCAGAGGGAAAUUUCACAAGGGUUUUGAUCAACAUAUCUUAGCGAAAGUGUUGUACCCGAAGACGAAAGGUGAUGCGAUGUCCCACGACAGUUACUUCUGCCAGCGCUUCCCAGAUGGCUUCAGACCUUUCCCGAUCCAGCGUGAGAACGGCCAUUUCAUAGGGAAUGUCAUGGAUGUAGAGAUCGACCCUAUGUUUGCUAAUCAACCCUGUCCAGUGGCCUGCCGUCCAAAGGAUCAUCAGGACUGGACCUACUGCUAACCAUCGCCGCUGAAGACCUUAGUUGUAGACGCGGCAGAUAAUGUUAAAUAAUCCGUUACUGCUGACUCAGUCUUUCGUUAGUUGCUGUCGCGACUGGCAAUAGCAACGCGAAUGAAAUUUGUGGCACUUUCUAGCAUCCUAACAAUUGUUUUGUUAGUGGAAAUGAGGGCUAAUAUACCUAAUGUAGAGGAGAGGAAUCAUUGGGCAUUAUAUAUCAUUUAUAGAAAAUAUGUAUGGCAAAUAAAGCACCAGAUUGGAUAACAUACAAAUUCUCAGUGACCAUCUCGAGUCGCUGAUAUGAUCAUUUUUGCUCGCAACCAAUUUUCUUUGUUGCAGAUAUGUGAAUCACAAUAUAAUUAAUGCAACAAAACAAAGCAAGGUCCACCAAUAUUUAAAAAAACAAACAUGAAUAACAAUCAAUUAUUGUGACUUCGGAUU